AUGUCCUCCAGCCUGCGGGCUUGUGUUCGCCUCGCUGUGGGUGGAGGUGGUGGACGUUGCAGGUUCGCUCUCCGCAGAAGUUCUACGGGACACGCUGAAGCAGAGGGGUCCGCAGCCGCAGGGAAGAACCAGGAUGCACCGGUUCGAGUGCGGUUCGCGCCAAGUCCCACAGGCUUCUUACACCUGGGAGGCCUUCGCACAGCUCUUUACAACUAUCUAUUUGCUAAAAAGCACAACGGCACUUUCAUUCUGCGCCUUGAGGACACGGACCAGAGCCGGUUGGUCCCAGGGGCCGCACGCCACAUAGAGGACAUGCUGGAGUGGGCAGGUAUCCCUCCAGAUGAGAGCCCUCAGCGUGGAGGAGCAAUGGGGCCCUACGUCCAGUCCCAAAGGCUGGAGCUGUACUCGUCCACUGCCCAGCGCCUGGUCCAGUCAGGACACGCCUACUACUGCUUCUGCAGCGCUCAGAGACUGCAGCUGCUGAAGAAGGAGGCACUGCGCAGCGGACACACCCCCAGGUAUGAUAACCGCUGCCGUCACCUGGAGCCGGCGCAGGUGGAGCAGAGGCUGGCCCAGGGGCUCAGUCAUGUGAUCCGCUUCCGGCUGCAUGAGGGCGCCGAGCCUUUCCACGACCUGGUGUUUGGAUGGACACGUCAUGACGUCGCACAGGUGGAGGGCGACCCUGUGAUCCUCAAGGCAGACGGUUUCCCCACAUACCACCUGGCCAACAUCGUGGACGACCACCACAUGGGGGUGAGCCACGUUCUGCGAGGCUCUGAGUGGCUCAUCUCCACCUCCAAACACCUGCUGCUGUACCGCGCUCUGGCCUGGACCCCCCCAGCCUUCGGACACCUGCCGCUGCUCCUGAACCGGGACGGCUCCAAGCUGUCCAAGCGCCAGGGCCACAUCUUCAUCGAGAGCUUCAGGAGCCAGGGAGUGCUGCCUGAGGCUCUGCUGGACAUCACCACCAACUGUGGCUCGGGGUUUGACUCUAACCGAAUGGGCCGGACUCUGGAGGAGCUGAUCGCAGAGUUCAACCCGUCAAAAAUAUCCACUCACUCUGCCCUCAUGGACCUGGACAAAAUGCCUGAGUUUAACAGGAUCCACCUGCAGCGGCGUGUGCAGGACCCUCAGCUCUGCACCUCCCUCGUGACCCAUCUGCAGAGCCAGCUGCUGCUCCAGCACCCCGAGCUGAGGGACCAGGACGUCCUACAGUUGCCUUACAUCAUACGUGUGCUGCAUCACAGGAAGGCCCACAUCUGGUCUGUCAAGGAGCUGCUCAGCCCUCAGUACUCAUAUCUGUGGAUCCGCCCUUCUAUUAGUGCCCAGCAAGUGGCAGCAAUCACCAGUGAAGGCCCCCUCAUCGCCUCUCUAGUCAUCAGGCUGCUGGAGCAGAGCGAGGAGCUGACGGUGCAGCGGCUGAGCACAGAGCUGAAGGCUGUGGCUGAACACACCUCCACCAAGUACAAGGACGUGAUGAAGCUGCUGCGACAGGCCCUGAGCGGUCUGCAGCAGGGCCCCAGCGUGGCAGAGAUGAUGGUGUGUUUAGGGGCCUCAGAGACAUCUCAGCGGCUCCUCAGACUGCUGCCCACUGACCAGAGCCCUCCCACUGCUCACUGCACCAGCUGA